GUUCCUGCCACACAGCGGACUUGAUACUUUGCCCAUUGUCCUUUGAGCAAGACGGCAUUCCUGCAAGAGAAUCUGCCACUGCAACCGGGGGUUUUCAAGUGUGGGCAUGCGUCUGGACCUGUCGGAGUGCCCGGGUCCGCUGAGCUUCUGGUCUCGUCAAUUAAUAAUUGAGUCUGCACAUUCCGGCAGAAGUAAUUCAUUGCAACGCUACUUGACUCCCCUUGCUUUUGUGCGCCUAAGAAAAUGCCGACGAAUGGUGCUGCCAAGCCCGUCCGCGUGCUAUGCACUGGCGGUCUGGGUUAUAUCGGCAGCCACACCGUGGUGCGUCUCGUAGAGGCCGGCUUCGAUGUGACUAUCAUGGACAAUCUGUCUAACGCAAAAGAAGAAGUCUUCCAUCGCAUUCAGAAAAUCACACACAGCGAAGAAACCGCUGAAGGCAAGGUGGGCGCUGCUCUCGACCGCCUCCGGUUCUUCAAAGUCGACAUGUGCGACGCAGAAGCUCUCCAGAAGCUUUUCAAGGACCACCAUUUUGAUUCAGUCAUCCACUACGCAGGCUUGAAGGCUGUCGGCGAAUCUGUUGAAAAUCCUUUGGAGUACUACUCCACUAACGUUGGGGGAACCCUCAACCUGCUAAAGGUCAUGGAUACCGCAGGCUGCCGACGCCUGGUGUUCUCCUCCAGCGCCACAGUGUACAGACCCAAAGCGGGUCCGAUCGUCGAAACAGACCCAACAGGGGCUUCGAAUCCUUACGGGCAGACGAAGGCGAUGAUUGAACAGAUCCUGAAGGAUCUGCACAAUGCUGAUGCUCGCUGGUCCAUUGCCGUUCUUCGAUACUUCAAUCCGGUUGGCGGUCACCCGUCUGGUCUACUAGGCGAGUCGCCGACGCACCCAAACAAUCUCUUGCCGUACAUCCAGCAGGUGGCGAUCGGCCACCGGCCACAUCUGUAUGUUUUUGGAACGGACUGGGAUACACCCGAUGGAACUGGUGUACGGGACUACCUGCACGUGGAUGAUUUGGCUGAAGGCCAUAUUGCUGCCCUUCGAAAGCUCGAACAUGAGAAAGAUGGCUGCUUUCUUAUUCACAAUUUGGGGACCGGAAAAGGUCAUUCGGUGCUCGAGAUGGCGGAUCUGUUCGAGCGCGUGUCGGGACGAAAAAUCCCACGGAAACCGGCUCCACGACGGCCAGGAGACCUUAGCAGCGUGGUUGCGGAUCCAAGCUUGGCCGAACAGGAACUCGGGUGGAAGGCGCAGCGGUCGAUGGAGGAGGCCAUGGCCUCAGCAUGGAAGUGGCAGUCGCAGAACCCCAAUGGCUACGACACGCAAGCCAUGUAAUUUUAUGUCACUCAUGUUUCGUCGGCAGCUGAUUCCGGUUGAUGCGGGAUGUGGAGACAUUGGAGGUUUUGUGCCAUGUCAGCUCCGUGAGGAGGCGAUAUCGAGGCUCGUGGCCGGUGAUCUAGGUACUCUGACAAUUAGGUACUCAGCAGAUUUUGAUUUGGUUUUUACGUUGUCUUUGAAACUGACUAGGGGCGCAUUUCGCCUGCUGUACAAGCUAGCAGAAUGUGGCACACGCUCUGCAGCCGAGUGAAGUUCCACACGGCGGCAUGCUUGCUUCCUUAUAGCCCAACAAAUGAGGGACCCCAGGUCCGAGACGUCGUUUGCAAGAUGCGUAAAACAUGCCGGAGGACAGCUGCUCCCCAAGUUAAUUUUGCAGUUGCUUGUCCAAAAUAGGGCAACACUAGCUAGCCAGUCGCUGUGGGUAUCCGGUGCUGGUCCCCUAACUGGAACCAUUUGCACAGCUGUCACGCUGGGAAUUUUCUGAUCAGUGUCCUUCUCCGCUUUAACAUGCAACGCUUCAUUCUUCAUGUGACAAACAUGGAAUUAUUCGAUAAAUACACAUAAGCUGUGUACACAUGUUCGGAUUUUUGUUCCGGAUUGCGAAGGGUAGAUUGUCUUCAGGGUCCGCCAAUGGCAUUGCUAAUCUAUUCUGGAUGAAGUCCAGUACGAAGUCGCAGCGACGUGGCUGCUUCCGUGGUUGAGAUGUUGAUAUAUUAUGCAUGUGACGGCAGCGUGGAAAUAAUGAUGGUUUGUGUACAUACUCUAGGGAAUGCUAGGGACGGGGCGUAGUAUCUCGGUCGACGUUUCGUGCGAUUGUUGAAUACUGUGUGAUUUAUGUCACGUUUUCUAGCCGGCAUGCAUCAAGCCGGGAUUUGAGGCUGUAUUCCAUUGUGGGGGCUCAACAGUGGGUCGUAAAGUCCAGGAGAAACGUGUGUUUCAGGCGGUGCACCAAGCGACGCGUACUGCGUGUGAGUCCCCUUUUAUCCUCUCUCGCGAGCUAACUUGUGAAUCUAUGAUAUGUGUUUCUGGCUCAGUUGGCCUUCCAGAUACCAA